GGUGAUAUAGGGGCCCGAAAAUGGGUCACACACAAUAUAUAAGUGAGCCACCCACGGCAAACUCGAAAGCCGCCCAAACACACACUGGUGAAAACACCAAAGAGAAGCACAAAAGGAUAUCUAGGGUUUCCGCCGGGGUUUUCAAGGGUUUCGAAAAUAUGGCGUCUGAGGGAAGGAUGAAGGGAACGGUGAAGUGGUUCAGUGACCAAAAGGGUUUCGGUUUCGUCACUCCUGAUGAUGGUGGUGAUGAUCUCUUUGUUCAUCAAUCUGGUAUCAGAUCUGAAGGUUUUCGUAGUUUAGCUGAAGGUGAAGCUGUUGAGUUUGAUGUGGAGUCAGGUAAUGAUGGCCGUACUAAGGCUGUUAAUGUUACUGGUCCUGGUGGUGCUCCUGUCAAAGGAGGAAGCGGCGGCGGCGGUGAUCGGUAUGGUGGCGGUGGUGGAUAUGGUGGUGGAGGUGAUCGCUAUGGUAGCGGUGGAUACGGUGGUGGAGGUGAUCGGUAUGGUGGCGGUGGGAGAUAUGGUGGUGAUGGUGGUUACGGUGGUGGUGGUGGUGGGAGAUAUGGUGGUGGCGGCGGCGGUGGAGGAAGUGGGUGUUACAAGUGUGGUGAAGAAGGACACUUUGCUAGGGAGUGUACCCAGGGUGGCGGAUAUGGUGGCGGUGGAGGUGGGAGGUAUGGUGGCGGUGGAGGCGGAGGAAGUGAGUGUUACAAGUGCGGAGAAGAAGGGCACUUUGCAAGAGAAUGCACCAACAGUGGCAAUCGUUGAAGAGGGUAAAUGUGUAUAUUCACAUUUUGCACCCUUUUUCUCUGUCAUUUCCUUUUUGAAGUGUUAAAGGGAUUAACCAUUUAAUGUUUUUGAAUUGAUCAUUUCAAUAUGGUCACCUUUUUCAUUCGGCAAAAUAUGAUUAGAAUAUGGUUCCGUCCUUUAUUAUUGCUGCAUAUUAGGACUAGUAGUGGUUAUGAAGAACUAGUAUUUUGGGUUUGAAUAUUUUGGGUUCAUGUAUAAAUACAUGCUUGGAAGAUUGGUCAAUUAUCAAGUGCUACCUUUUGUUGCCCUUUCA